CAAAGGACAAGGAUUGGGAGCCCCAGCCGCCUGCAAGGAGGCGUUCUAGCAUUUACUCUAUGGUAUCACUUAGGGGAGAGUGAGAGUCGGAGGUAUAGGCCGCUAGUCGCUGGAGGACCAGAGCUUCCUCCGUGGGGUGAGAGGAGAUAAAAUGGCCGCCGAGAGGCCACCCGGGCCUGUCUCCCAUCGCCGCGUUCCCAUUCUGUUGCGGACGGGCAGGUGAAGAGAGGCCCGGAGGGCUGGUGCGGUGACCCGGUUGGGAAGGUGGAAAGGACCAUGGGUUCCCAGACACUGCAAAUCCUCCGGCAGGGAGUCUGGGCUUCCAUCACCGGAGGCUGGUACUACGACCCCCACCAGAGUACCUUUGUCAAUACCCUACACCUCUACAUCUGGCUCUUCCUCCUCUGCUUCCCCUUCACCCUCUACAUGGCACUACCCACAUCUUUGGUGAUUGUUGCUGUGUACUGCCCAGUCGUUGCAGCUGUUUUUAUUGUUUUGAAGCUUGUUAACUACCGUCUGCACAGGGCAUUGGAUGAAGGAGAAAUUGUGGAGAGGAGUGCUAGUGAGUUGACUGAGAGGGUGGCAAAGGCAGAACACAGUGACAGCUCUGCAAGAAGAGAGGACAGCAAUGGACCUGGUGAUCCAGGUGGAGGGAUUGAAAUGUCUGAAUUUGUUCGAGAAGCAACUCCUCCAGUUGGAUGCAGUUCACGUAAUUCCUACUCUGGGUUGGACCCAAGCAAUCAGGUUGGUGUGUCUCGUUAUGGAGGUGCAUCUGGAAGCAAAGGGGAUACAGAUGCUGCAAAGACAUCAGAUGAUAUCAGUCUGAGUCUUGGCCAGAGUUACAGUUUGUGCAAAGAAGCAAGUGAAGACCAAGAUUUGACUGUGGAUCAGAAGCUUUUCCGUCUCGUCUCCAAUGACUCCUUUGUCUCCAUGCAGCCAUCUAUAUCCUCGGGUGGAAAAGACUUAACUAGAGACUUCAGUGACAAAGGAUCAAUCCCAACACACAGUCAUCAUCACCAUGUGGAUCUGUCUCUGUCUAAUGCUUGUGACACAGAAUUGGCCUCACUUGUUCCAUUGCAUUCACAUUCGUACAGGAAAGAUCAUCGACCAAGAGGUGUCCCAAGGACUUCAAGUUCUGCUGUUGCUUUCCCAGACACUUCUCUCACUGACUUUUCACUCUAUCAACCAAGGCGCGGGCUGGAUCCUGUUAGUGAACUUGAAGCUUCCAAACCACAUUCUGGGUCCAAAGAUUCACUAGUAGAUAAUGCUUGUGCUUCAGGGAUUUUUCAAUUAGACUGUCUAAAAAGCAAAGGAGCCCAGCAGCUUUCAAGAAGUGGUAGUGUUAAACACAUGAAGACUGACAAAAGCAUGGAUAGUUUAAGAAGCCUCAGCACGAGAAGCAGUGGAUCCACAGAAAGUUAUUGUAGUGGAACAGAUCGGGACACAAAUAGCACUGUUAGCAGCUACAAAAGUGAACAGACCAGUUCAACUCAUGUUGAAAGUAUUUUAUCUGAGCAUGAGGAUGUUACUGCUGCAAAGAGAGUCCAUUGUAGUGACCUGGAGGAAGAACAUAGCUCUGCUACUGAUAAAAGGACUAGUAGUAUAAGAACUGCUUUAGAAAGAAACACUGCUCAGGAAGCCAAGGAUGCCAACACAUCUGAUGAUGUACAAAGUCCAAGGGGUCUUAGCUCAUCAGCAUCAGAGGAAGCUAAUAAGAAUCCACACGCAAAUGAGUUAACUGUACAAACAGACUGGCUUCCAGGUAAACUGUCAGUGAACAUUGAUGAACCUGGGGAGAAACCAGUCAUUUUAGUUGACUUGAGAUCUUUGGAAGAAACGGGUAUUAAGCAGAGAGACAAUGACGUACGACCCAAAUCAUCUAGUUUAAUACAUCGAACAUCCUCUGCUCAUAAAUCAUGCAGGAGACGGACAGGUAAAAAAAGAGCCAGCAGUUUUGAUGCAAGUAGACACAAAGAAUAUGUUUCCUUUCAAGGUAUAGCUGAUACCAAACCUCACAGUACUGGCUUUUGUCAUGAUGAAGAUUCUAGCGACCAAAGCGACUUGAGCAGGACCUCAAGCGUUCAGUCGGCCCACCGUUUCAGCAGCGAUAGCUCUUCCAGCACUACUUCCCAUUCAUGCCAGUCUCCUGAAGCAAGAUACAGUGCCCUAAGGACAAAAUAUCGAAUAAAAGAAAGAGGCACAGAUUCACAUCACACACACCUAAAUUGUGAAGGAACUAGUAAAAAGCGGUCCAACCGCAGGACUUCUAGUGCAAGUGGUACAAAAAGCCGAGCUAGAGUAUUAAGUCUGGACAGUGGCACUGUAGUUAGUUUGAGUGAUGCCAACAGACUGGCCGCUCCUGAAAAUAUAAAAACCUUAACCACUUCAAAAUCAGAUCUAGAAGCCAAAGAAGGCGAAGUGCUAGAUCAGAUGUCUCUGUUGGGGCGAGCUUCACAGUUAGAAUCUGUAACACGGUCAAGAAAUAGUUUGCCCAGCCAGGUUACUUUCCAAGAUGUUGGAGAGCGAGACGCAUCUGUUGGAGCACACGCCAGUGAGGAGACAGUAACAUUUCGCCGCGAACGCAGCACAUUUAGGCGCCAAGCGGUUCGGCGCAGACACAAUGCAGGGAGUAAUCCCACCCCUCCUGCGUCACUCAUCGGAUCACCUCUGAGCCUUCAAGAUGGUCAUCAAGGCCAGCAGUCAUCAACCCAGGUCAAAGUACAGUCCCGCCCCCCUUCCCAGGCUGCAGUGCUCAGCGCUAGCGCCUCCUUGCUGGUGAGAAAUGGGAGUGUCCACUUAGAAGCGUCUCAUGACAAUGCAUCUGCCGUAGGCAGUAGCAGUUUGCACGAUGAACUUGGUAUGCAGGCCUUAUGUAACCUUGGUGACAUGGAAGUUUUAAUGCAGCACAUUUUGGGUAAAUUUACCCCAUCUCUAUAUGAGACUGGAGGUUGUGACAUGUCACUUGUAAACUUUGAGCCAGCUGCAAGAAGGACGUCUAAUAAUCUUUGUGACACAGAUUCCCAUGUAUCAAGUUCUACCUCAGUUCGAUUCUACCCACAUGAUCUACUCUCUCUUCCCCAGAUCCGAUUAAACAGGCUGCUAACCAUAGAUACAGAUCUGUUAGAGCAGCAGGAUAUUGAUCUAAGCCCUGACCUGCAGGACCAGAUGCAACCACAGGAACAGGCUGCCCAAAAAGUAAAACACUACUACCGGUUUUGGAUUCUCCCAAAGCUGUGGGUCGGCAUCAACUUUGACAGGCUUACACUCUUAGCCUUGUUCGAUAGGAACCGCGAGGUCCUAGAAAAUGUGCUGUCUGUCAUUCUCGCCAUUCUAGUUGCCUUUUUGGGCUCUGUUCUUCUCAUAGAAGGCUUCUUUAAAGAUAUCUGGGUCUUCCAGUUUUGUCUUGUUAUAGCCAGCUGUCAAUACUCUCUCCUUAAGAGUGUUCAACCAGAUUCUUCUUCCCCAAGACAUGGCCAUAAUCGUAUCAUUGCCUAUAGUAGGCCCGUUUACUUCUGUGCCUGUUGCGGCCUUAUUUGGUUAUUGGAUUAUGGAAGCAAAAACAUGUCUACCACCAAAUACAAACUAUAUGGAAUGGCCUUCACCAAUCCUCUGCUUCUAGUGUCAGCCAGGGACUUAGUCAUUGUCUUCACACUCUGUUUCCCAGUCGUGUUCUUUAUUGGUCUCCUGCCUCAGGUGAACACAUUCGUCAUGUACCUGUGUGAGCAAGUAGAUAUACAUGUGUUUGGUGGAAAUGCUACCACCAGCUUGCUUGCAGCAAUUUACAGCUUUAUCCGUAGCAUUGUGGCCAUAGCUUUACUCUACGGGCUGUGUUACGGUGCUCUUAAGGAUCCAUGGGAUGCACAACACAUUCCUGUAUUAUUCUCUAUUUUCUGUGGUGUUCUUGUGGCAGUUUCAUACCAUCUCAGCCGACAGAGCAGCGAUCCCUCUGUCCUCAUCUCACUGGUGCAAUCAAAGAUUUUUCCAAACAGCGAGGAUACAAAUCCUGAAGACCCACUAUCAGAAGUGAAAGACCCUCUUCCAGAAAAACUGAGAAGCUCUGUUAAUGAACGACUUCAGUCAGACGUAGUAGUCUGUGUCGUUAUUGCAGUGUUGUACUUUGCAAUUCAUGUCAGCACCGUAUUUACUGCAUUACAGCCGGUUCUGAGCUACGUACUCUAUGCACUAGUUGGUUCUGUUGGACUCCUUACUCACUACAUUCUACCACAAGUACGGAAACAGCUUCCUUGGCACUGCUUCUCCCACCCGCUGCUGAAAACUAAGGAAUAUUACCAAUUUGAAGUUCGAAAUGCUGCUCAUCUGAUGUGGUUUGAGAAGGCUCACAUCUGGCUGCUUUUUAUCGAGAAGAACAUUAUUUAUCCUCUUAUAGUUCUCAAUGAGCUUAGCAUUGGUGCUAAGGAUAUCGUCAGCCCGAAAAAGCUGGAUGCAGAAGUUGGUGCAUUGUUGAUCACCAUUGCCGGAAUGAAGCUGCUGAGGUCGUCAUUUAGCAGUCCCACCUGCCAGUAUGCCACUGUCAUUUUCACUGUCCUCUUCUUUACUUUUGACUACAAGGAGUAUACAGAAAAACUGCUGCUAGAUCUGUUCUUUAUGUCAAUCCUCUUUAGCAAGCUCUGGGAACUGUUUUUCAAACUGCGCUUUGUCUACACCUAUAUUGCCCCUUGGCAGAUCACGUGGGGAUCAGCAUUCCAUGCUUUCGCACAGCCAUUUGCUGUACCUCAUUCUGCAAUGCUGUUUGUACAGGCAAUUGUUUCUGCACUGUUCUCCACUCCCCUGAACCCUUUCUUAGGGAGUGCAAUCUUUAUUACAUCAUAUGUACGCCCUGUCAAGUUUUGGGAGAGAGACUACAAUACAAAGAGAGUUGACCACUCAAACACAAGAUUAGCCUCUCAGCUUGACAGAAAUCCAGGUUCAGAUGACAACAACUUGAAUUCCAUAUUUUAUGAGCAUCUCACACGCUCCCUUCAGCAUAGUCUGUGUGGUGAUCUGUUGCUUGGCCGCUGGGGAAAUUACAAUACUGGGGAUUGCUUUAUUCUGGCCUCAGAUUAUCUAAACGCCUUGGUGCACCUUAUCGAAAUAGGCAAUGGUCUGGUCACCUUCCAGCUAAGAGGACUAGAGUUCAGAGGUACCUACUGCCAGCAGCGUGAAGUUGAAGCAAUCACUGAGGGUGUAGAGGAAGAUGAAGGCUUUUGCUGUUGCGAACCUGGACAUAUUCCUCAUAUGCUGUCUUUCAAUGCUGCCUUUGGGCAGCGCUGGCUGGCAUGGGAAGUCUUGGUUACAAAGUAUGUUCUGGAAGGUUACAGCAUCACAGACAACAGUGCAGCCUCUAUGCUUCAAGUGUUUGACCUUCGCAGGAUCCUCACUACCUAUUAUGUUAAGGGCAUUAUAUACUAUGUGACAGCAUCUGCAAAACUGGAGGAGUGGUUAGCAAAUGAGACAAUGCAGGAAGGUCUUCGCCAGUGUUCUGAUCAUUGUUAUGUUGAUGUAGAUCCAACUUUCAACCCAAAUAUUGAUGAAGACUAUGACCUUCGCUUAGCAGGCAUUUCACGGGAGAGCUUCUGUGCAAGCUAUCUUAACUGGAUUAAGUACUGUUCCUCUAGAAGGGAGAAGCCUCUUGAUGCUGAAAAGGAUUCACCUUUGGUAACACUUUGUUAUGGGCUCUGUAUUUUGGGGAGAAGGGCACUUGGUACAGCUUCUCAUCACAUGUCCAGCAAUUUGGAGUCCUUUCUAUAUGGUUUACAUGCCUUGUUUAAAGGAGAUUUCCGCAUAUCAUCUCUCCGUGAUGAGUGGAUUUUUGCUGAUAUGGAGCUUUUAAGAAAAGUAGUAGUUCCUGGCAUACGUAUGUCACUAAAACUUCAUCAGGACCACUUUACAUCUCCAGAUGAGUAUGAUGAUCCUGCAGUUUUGUAUGAAGCCAUUACAUCACAUGAGCAGAACCUUGUUAUUGCGCAUGAGGGAGAUCCAGCGUGGAGGAGUGCUGUUCUUUCUAACUCACCUUCUCUUCUCGCGCUGCGUCAUGUGAUGGAUGAUGGAACCAACGAAUACAAGAUCAUAAUGUUAAAUAAACGUUAUCUUAGUUUUAGAGUCAUUAAGGUAAACAAGGAGUGUGUGCGGGGCUUAUGGGCUGGUCAGCAGCAAGAAUUGGUCUUUCUUCGUAAUCGGAACCCUGAAAGAGGCAGCAUCCAAAAUGCAAAGCAGGCUCUCAGGAAUAUGAUCAAUUCAUCAUGUGACCAACCUAUUGGAUACCCAAUUUAUGUUUCUCCACUGACAACCUCUUAUUCAGACAGCCAUGAUCAGCUUAAACAGAUAUUUGGUGGGCCAAUUAGCUUGGCCAAUAUCCGGAACUUCAUUGUAUCUACAUGGCACAGAUUAAGAAAAGGUUGCGGUGCAGGAUGCAAUAGUGGUGGAAAUAUUGAGGACUCUGACACUGGAGGCGGGACCUCCAUUAAUAGCAACAAUCCACCAAAUGCAAAUGAAACUCAGAGCAGUCUGUCACAAGUUGGUGUCCCAGGUGGAACAGGGCAUGUGCCGAAUGCACGGCUCCAGCCUCCGGGGAUGCCUCAUCCAUCAACACUAGGAACCAGUCACAGUUCUCACUCCAUGCAGUCAAGCCUUGUCAGACAUUCCCCAGCUCGUGGAUCAGUAGCAAGUCAAUCAUCUUACUGCUACAACAGCCGUCACUCAUCACUUAGAACAUCCACAACAGGAUUUGUGCCUUGUAGGCGCUCCUCUACCAGCCAGAUAUCUCUUCGCAAUCUCCCCUCAUCCAUUCAGUCCCGUCUUUCCAUGGUGAACCAAACAGACCCCACAGGACAGUCAGUUUUGGUUGGCCUUCCUUCCUCCAGCAGCUCAAGCCAGAGCAUCCCUGCAUGCAAAAGACACACCUUAGUGGGCUUUUUAGGAACAGAAGGAGGCAAUAACCUCACUGAAACGCAAUCCUGUGGCAAUUCUAGUCCAGCAACCCAUUCAAGAGCCAAAAAGGAAGAGGUUGUUUACAGAGUCCAGAUUGUGGAUCCAAGCCAAGUGCUUGAAGGCGUGAAUAUAUCCAAAAGAAAGGAGCUGCAGUGGCCAGAUGAGCUGGUGCGGCUAAAAGCCGGCAAGAACAGCUGGAAAGACUGGAGCCCUCAGGAAGGCAUGGAAGGCCAUGUAAUUCACCGCUGGGUGCCUUGCAGCAGAGACCCUUGUAAUAGGUCCCACAUUGACAAAACAAUCCUGCUGAUUAAGAUUGAGGACAAAUAUGUUGCUGUGAUUGAAACUGGUGUGCUUGAACUCGGAGCUGAAGUAUGAGGCUGCCUUUCACCCAUCUUUCAAGGAUUCAGAGAGAACUGAACUGUUACAGAACUCCAGAAGGAUACAAGGGCUUUUGAUUAAGCCCAGUCAAUGUAAAGUUAUUUUUUCUGUGGAUGUUCAAAACAAAAACAAAAAAAACAAAAAAACGGUUAUAAGACCAUUAUCUUAUAUGUGAAAAACAAAAAAAGUGAAAAAGAUAUAAUGCUAUGCAUUUCAUAUGCUUUAAGUCAAAAACAUAUUGUACUUCUCUGUUCAAAAUAUGAUCUUCAUAUUUUUCUAAUUUAUUUGCCAAAAAAAAUUGCCAUGUUCUCAUACUGUAGCAUGUCUCUUCCCCCCCCCCCUCGCCCUAACUUCACCUGUACAGAUAGGUUCCGUUCUUUUGAGAGCAGUAAAUGUUUUAUACACCGUAAGAAGGCUGCAAACUCGCUGAGACAUUUUUUGUGGUGAAGACUUUUGAGGAAACUGCACUAAAAUCAUUUUUUUUCUACAACAAUGCACUAAAGUCUGAUAUCUAUUGAUAUUGAUAUUUAUAAAUAUAUAUACAGAAAAUACCGUAAUUUAAAUUGUUUUAUUAUAAAAAGAAGUCUUGUAACCCUCUCCCUUUUGUCCUAGCAAGCCAUUUAUGUAUAAAGGCUGUGCCAUUGGUCUAUUUCUGUGUACACAUACAGUGCGAUCAAUUCACUGGAAUUAAAGAACCAUUCUUGGACUCCCCAAAUGUUUAUCAGUCCAGUAUGUUUUCAGUGGGAGGGAAGCAACACAGGAGCAAGUAGAUGGUCAAACAUAUCACUGCACUUUGCUGCUUGGAACUACUUUUAUAUAGAAGCUUGGGCUUCGUGGGAGAGUACUGUUAUGUAAAGGUAUGGAGCAAUUUAAAUCAUGAGGCAUGGAUAUAUGGCUCCAGAAUAUAAAGCCAUUCCUAAUGCUGUGCAUUGUUUAGAGGAAAAUCCUAUUCAAAUCCAUAGAGUACUGAGAGGUGCAUAGUUGUAUCUCAGGGAUCUGUAGCCCUACGUCUAUUGCUGAACUUGAAUUUCCUGCAUCUUCAAACAGUCAUUGGGAUGCUGGGUUUUGGGGUUUAGCGUUAGCUGGAGAUCUAUAUGUUCUAGAACUCAGACCAGUUACAUAGCAUCCCUGGAUACUGGGACCUCUAGAUUAGGCUUCUGGGGUGUGUUGUCGUGUUAUUAGUAACUUAUUCCAGUAAAAAAAUGCUUGUAGAAAUUACUAGGAAUUGUCUGAGAUAAACUAUUACAUGGGCAUCUGUUGCCUUUUGAGAAGUUCCCAUGUUAGGUGGUGAUCAACUGCUUCUGUCAUAUUUACAGAUAUUCUUCUAGACUUUUCUCAGUUCCUGCCCUUAGCUCAUGGUGGCAAAUGUCACCUUUUAUCUUUCAGGGCACAUUUAUAAAAAGCUAGAGAUUCAUGCCUAAUAUGGGUAACGGUUUCCUCUUUAACGAACUCAAAUCGAAGUUUCAUCUUUCCAGCUCAGAUCUACUUAAAUACAACUCGCAGUCAAUUAGAAUUGGAUAUUUCAUUUUUGUGGUUUUUUGGUUUCUCCGUUUUUCUCAAGAUGUCACCUGAAAUAGCUUAAUGGAAUGCUGGGAUCCAGUGAAAUGACAAGUUCAAGUUUAAUGUUUGAGAUCAAACUUAAUCUGACAAAAACCCAUUGGAGAUCAGUCAGAUUCAAGGAAAUUCUAGAUUAGUAUCAUUCAGCAUGUGGCAGAUAACUCUUUCCUCCAUCUUUCUUUUUAGAUUCUGUUAUAAUCUUUAGGGGUUUGUUGUGUAGGCAGAAACACAUGUAACUGUAAUAUUGAGGUUAAAAUUUGUGCUUUCAAAUAUGUAAGGAUGUUGGUGUAGUUUCUUUUUUUCUGGAAGGGAGAAAUCCCCUUCAGCUUCGAGAUUCUGUUAUUUAGAGUGUGAGUGUUUCAGCUGCAUAAAUAUUUUGCCUUGAAUAAUUCUGUACAAGGACAGGGCGCCUCUCCUAGCACCCCAUUAUUAAGGUGUUUAUUUGGUUACAAUUAGAACAACCUUUUCAUUUGUAAUCCUUUUUAAGUAUUUGAUAGUUUAGCUCAGGAAUAAUUCUGCCUAUUGGUUUUGUUGCAGUUUUUUAGCAAGAAUUGGGGCUGGCAAAAUUUCCUCAAAGGUGCGUAGUAAUGUAUUUAUUAAAAUAUGUGGUUUGUAGUACAUCCAGAGGAAAGCAAAAUCAAUUACAAAUCAUUUAAAAAAUGUGCUGCGAGAAAUAGGGCCUGAAUCAUUUGUGCUGCAAAAAUCCCUCAGCCAACCAUAGAGCAGGAAAAAUAAGGAUUGAAUGGGCCAUUUCUUUCUGUGCUUGUCUCUUUGCCCUGUGAUCUGUCACCUGAUCCUGCUGUGGGUGGGGUGUCGACUUUUCACACUACUUUUCAAAGUCCCUAACUUCAAUGAUUACUUCUUGUAGGCUGUGAUUGUAUCCUUCACUUAAAGGGGACCUGUCACACAGACAUAAAAAGCUGUAUAAUAAAAGUCCUGUUCAAAUUAAACGUAAAACCCAAAUUCUUUUUUUAGAAGCACAUCCACACCCAUUAUAAAGGCAUUUAAAAUCAUAUAUUGCCUGCCCUGCCUCUAUACCUUGGGCAUAAAGUCGGGGCAGACAAUUACUUUCACUUUCCAUUCAGCACUUUGUAGAUGUCACUGCCCUCCUCACUUUUCCCCCCUCAUCACUGUCUUAUUGUGUAGCCUAGGCAUGGGCAUCGGGUGCACCAUUCUGGCACAUAAACAAGAUUUUGGCAUGAUGCAAAGCUUUCCUUACUAACAAAAUGGCCCCUGCCUGCUUGCUGCAGUUGUGUAAUUCCAAGACUGAAGGACACAAGAUUUAAAUAAUGUAUAUAGUGUAAGUGAAAUUUAUUAUACUUGACUAACCCAACAGAAAAGAAUUCAGAAUUUUUUCUUAGGGUGACAAGUCCCCUUUAACAUAAAAAGUAUAUCUAUAUAGUUUAAAAAAAAAAAAAAAAAAAAAAAAAAACUGUAAGCAAUAGCCCAGACAGUAAGCCAGUUGUCUGUAUACACAGCAUUUGCCUCUUAUCUGUAUUCUCCUGCUAUAAAUUGUUUCAGUCACUUUCUGCCCUUAAGGACAAUAUCAGACACAGGUAAUGUAAUGUUUCAUUAUGAUUAGAGUGCCCUGCAUUCAGAUUCUAGGCAAUCCAAAGCUUUUUUCGGGUGUUUUGUUUCCCGUGAGGGAAGAGAUUUCGCUUGAGAACACCUGUUGUAUUGCAAAGAUUCGGCAAGUCACUGCAAACGUCCUGUCUGCCAUUGCCCUGAGACCUCUGUGGAUGCGACUUGCUCCAAGGUGGUGAAGUUCAUGUUGGACACAGUGGUAAGAAUGCUUUCCUUUAUGGCUGAAGCCUUCGAAGCAAUGCCAUUUUCCAAAGAUUUUCACAGGGAGUUUCUCAGCUGCUAUUUUUUACUAUGCAGUGGCAGAAAUCUAAUAUUAAUAUUUAGAGUGAAAACUUAUUAAAUACAUCUAAAUGGUAUAAUAAAUAUAAAUUAGUGAAGAAGAGAGGAAUUGAGAAGUGUUACCCUUGGCAAUUUUUAUCAUUGAAAUGCCGCAAGUGAAAGUAUCACUAGUCUGCUGAUUCAUAGUGUUUCUCUUUAUUUUAGAUCACUCUGUUUAACUUUAGGUUCCCAAACCAAGAUACCAAGAUACUUCUAGAAGCCCAGCCUGAAGGGCAGUUAGGGUGAGAUAUGGAAUAAGCACUUAUUUUCUAUAUUAGAUAUUUAUCAAUCAAUGGCAGAUAAAUAGGUAUUUUUUCACGACGGUUACCUUAUGAGUGAAAGGAGGGGCCUGACCAUAUGUUGGUCCUUGAAAGGGGGAGCUUGAUAAGUUUUAAAUUAUAGAAAGAAAACACUGCUUAAGAGAAAUGUACUGCUGUUGUCUCCCCCACUAGCAUUUGCAUUAGAUUGAAGCCUUUUGCACAUGGCUGUCACUUGUACACACUCCCCCCCCCCCCCCCCCCAAGUUUGGGAUAGUCUCUUUCUAAACUAAAAUGACCCGUAUCAUAAGUCCUUUCAGCCUUGAACCUGGCACUGUGUAACUCCUAAAUGUUAAACUGUAUAUUGAUCUAAAGUGAGUGUAAUGUGAGACUGAUAAACUAUAUAUUUUUCUUUCUAGAAAUGCUGUAGAAACAGUUAAUCUCUUUAUGUGAAAGCUUCUACUGUAAGUGGGUAAUAUCAGAUGUGAUUCUAGAUAAGUAUAAGUUAUUAGGUCUAAUUUAAAUGGAGCGUGUAAACUACAGAAGCAUUGAAUCCAACACCUUGCAGUGAAAUGUGAGAAUAGAACUAAAACAGAUCUUAACCCUUUGGUUUUUGGAAUUCCACAAAUUCUCAUGGGUAGCUGUGUAGGUCUGGGUUACAACAUUAUCCCCAUGUGUAAUAAAAGGCAGUAGGUUUGCCCAGCAGUAACCCAUAGCAACCAAUAAGAUGUGUGCUUUCAAACAGGUGACUGGUAGAUUCUACCUGUUGAUGGGUUUACCGUUACAGGGAUAUCUUAGUGCCUUUUAUUACAUAACUCCAUAUAAGUUUAGUGUAGAGGUGUUCAGAGAUAAAUUAUUAACAUUGGGCAAAUUUGCCCGUGGGCAGUAAGCCAUGGCAACCAAUCAAAUUGUCACAUUCAUUGUUCUGCCUGCAGCUGGCUAAAUAAUAAAUUGUCACUGAUUGGUUAGAUGGCUAUGAGCUACUGCCCACAAAGAGAUUUGCCCAGUAUUGAUUGAGCUGGGUUCAUUAAAUUCUGUGUUAAAUAAUGUAACAACAGGGAUAUCAUGCGCAAAGCCUUGCAAUUCUGAUAUUCCUAUGGCUGAAACCUAACCCUGUUACUCUCUGCAAGAUAAUUCACAGCAGUUUGAGGGCCCUUGGCAUUUAAAGCUGCCGGCAUUCUCUAGUCCGACAAUGUCUAUAUGGGCUGGCGGUUGGCAUGAUCCUGCAGGCUAUAGUAUGAGCCCUACUUAACAGCCUUGAAUAAUAAUGGAGGCCUCUAUUAGAUGUGAUGCUGCCAUGGUCAGUCAUUCAUAGAAACUUGCUAUUAUCACUUUAAAUGACGUAAUCAUACUGUUGGGUUUAUAAAAGUGUAAGCCUACAUGGUUCCAGCAGGCAGCACUUAUGUCUUACAAGGCUAAUAACUCCCCGGCUGCCUAAGUCCUGCUGCCUUCCUGUUGGAAGGUUCUGUAUAUGAAGGUUUCUUGCCGCAAAUAUUGUUUAAUGCAUGUUUGUUAAAUGGAAGUAAAGGUAGUUUGACAGAUUUGGAUAAGCUAGUGGGCAAGCAGCAUGGCUUUAUCCUAACCUGGUUGCUUCUGCCUCCAUACUGUAUUUCACUUUAGCCAAACUUGAAUAUAACUCCUGUAACUUUUCUUUCCAUUACAACUUGCUACAAUAUAUGUGUUUUUCUAAACACUCAAUCUGCCUUCUGGUUAUGCAAGAGACUCCUUCAUUUGGCCUUAGUCAUUUUUUUUUUUGUUUAAUAUGAUGUUGCUGCCUGGCAAUAUACAGGUUCUGUACAUACCUACAACUUAGUUACAGGUAGUCUGUAUUUAAACUUCUUGCCAUAUUGCUUUAUUCAGUGCAAUUAUCUAUUUAUUCGUCUAUCCAACGCUUAGAAAACGUUUUGUGAAAAGCUGCUCGUAAGGUUGGAGAGCUGUGCGCACGGAGUGCCAUUUCCUUCCGACCUUCUCAAGGGGUUUUUGUUGUUUUGUUUGUUUUUUUUUUUUUUAAAUAUGGCUUCCCAGCUCCAAAACUGAUAUGGUAUAUAUAUAUAUGUAUAGUUUUAAAUAAAGAAAAAAAUCUAUAAUUCAGGUAAAAUAAUGUUAUAUGACAAAGCUAAGAAUAGAAUUGAGCUAUUUAUACAUGGUUGGUGGGAGAGUGGAUGAGACGUCCACUGCAGGAAAAGAAAAAAAAAUCAUUGUUGUUUGGGGUGUUGCUCUUUGCAGGUUCCAAAUCAACUUACAGGGUUCCUACCAGCAAAAGUACAAAAAACAAAUCCACCUAUGGUUACAUUUAUGUGUGUGUCUGCGUGUUCUUGGAAAAACAAGCUGUAAAUAUUGUAGUUGUCUAAAAUUCAAGAAUUUUUUUCCAGUGUGUUGCAUUAUAAAGAUACAGUAUUGUCAGUGGGAAACACUGAGAAAUAAACUGAUUUUUUCCAUU